AUGGUAUCUGUGCCCGCCCGCCCUCGCUUUCCUCGCGCCCCCCUCGGAGGCAGCGCCCCGCCGCCCGCGAGCCCCACUCCAGACCCGGCCGGGGCAGCCCCGGCGUCUCACGCACCCGGCGCCUCACGCACCAGGCGCGGGAUAUAUCCCUCCGCUCGCAGCCACGCCCGCUCGCGCCGGCGCUCUUUUCUCCCGCGCAGAAACUCGACCCGACUUUCCCUGGCAGCCGGACUCCCAGUCCGCGGGGUCCGGGCUAUGACGCCCCGCCAAGGGUCAGGGAUCUCCCAGCAGCUACAGCAGCCAACUCCUUUCCAGGAGACCAGCGAGUGCCCAGGACGACCUAGCGACACCGCGAGGAACAGAUUGGGGCCCACUCUAGUGCCGAGGUUAGUUAUGGCCAGCACACGGAUUUGUGCAGAGCUGGUUAGACCUCGGAAACUCCCCAGCCGUGGUUACGAACCCCAACUCCCGCCUCCGCCGGCGGACACCCCGGACUCCCAGGUCUGCGGGACAAAAGGCAGCGGUGCCGUCUCGAGCGCUUUCCCACGCGGUAAUGCUGAGCAAGCUUCUUAUCCUCACGAGCUUCAGUUUCAUCAGCUGAAAAAUGAAGAUAGUGCCCUACUCAGAGGAUGGCUGUCAGGCAUAAACAAGGGGUUCAAUCUGACACAGAGCACGCGUUAUCGAUCCUCCAGAGCUGGUCCCCAACAAAGGUCCUUCUGCUUGUGUGUCCUUUGA